AGGUGGUGAGCCCGUAGCUCCUCCCCCUGGUGACGUGUCUCCUCCCCUAGAUACGUCAGAAGGUCCCUUCUACCACUCCGAAAUAGAAUCAACCGUGUCUAUAGUGCGCUGUCGAAGUUACUGCUGGAUGACCGUAGCGGGGUCGGGCUGUUUGCAUGUAGUAGUAGAUCCACUCCCCCAGACCUGCGCUGAGGGUGUGCUGCGGAGUCGGAUUAUGUGCGUCUUGUAGUAGGAGCUGGCCUGAAGCUGGUGGCCCCUGGGUGUCCCCUCCAUGUCUGAGAGGCAGGGACCCCCACUUCCUAGGCAGGCGAUCAUGAAGAAGGGCGAGGGGAUCCCCAUUUUUGACUAUCCAGAUGAGUCUGAGAUGGAGUUAGAUGAAUCUGAUUCCCCGUCUGAUCUUCAAGUGGUAAAUGGCAUACGGCGGUUCCCAAAUGUGACCACAGUACCCAACCAGCUCCUGCUUGUGUCUCUGGUAGAACAUCUUUGUUACAUUCAUGAAGAGAACCCUCACCGCUCUAAGCAUCUGUUCAGAUUGCUCUGCCAGACCUUUACCAGAAUGGGUCUCCUGUCUUCAUUUGCCUUCAACGAUGAGUUCAGCUCAGUGAGACUCCAGCACAGAACGGCUAUUCUAGAACUGAUGAAGGCUGCUCAACGGCACAUGUACAAAAAGGAAAUAACCAAUGGUGAUUUAAGCUUACAUUUGAACAGAGCGAAGGAUAUGCUUGCUGAGGCUCAGACUUCCCGGUACCUAAAUGAAUUUGAAGAAAUUGCCCAGCUUGGAAAAGGAGGCUAUGGUAAAGUCUACAAGGUCAGAAACAAACUUGAUGGGCAGUUCUACGCUAUCAAAAAAAUCCUUAUUAAAAAAGUUUCCAGGAAAGAUUGCAAGAAGGUACUUCGUGAAGUUAAGGUCUUGGCUGGGUUACAGCACCCUAAUAUUGUUGGGUACAAUACAGCUUGGAUGGAACACGUUCAACCUCCUAAUUCUAAAUGUAAGCCUAUUGUCUCAUUACAAGCUAUUAAAGGUUCAUCCAGCAACAAGUCUGAGGAAAAUAUUAAGGAUAUAAAAGGUUUGGAGAGCAGCGGUGGCUCCAUUGUAUUUGCUGACUCUGCAGAGGUGAAUCCUCCUGCCUCACAGAGUAUUAAUCUGUCUUACGUUGAAAAAAAACAUGAACGCAAAAUGAAGAGCUUCAGCAUGCCUGACAUUAACCCGCGUGGAAACAAGGACUCCAACUCCAACAUCCGAUCCAGCUCCAGUGUGUGCCAUAGACGUGAUGCACCCACAGAAUUCUGUCCCAGGGACCGGUGUCCGUUCAGCUCUGAAGACCACAUGGAUGAUGCCAGCGAUUCAUCGUGUGAUGAGGAGUGCCCGCAGAAGGAUCUCUGUUUACAUCGACAUUUUGAGAUUCAGUAUCAUUUAAUGCUGUACAUACAGAUGAAACUGUGUGAGAAGUCCUUGUGGGACUGGAUUGAAGAGCGAAAUGACCGUUACAGAAAAGGGAGUGAUUCUUCAAGGUGCUUUGAGUUUGUUGAUGUCCGAUGUGCACUGGGCAUAUUCUACCAGCUCUUGGAAGGAGUACGAUACAUUCAUUCAAUGGGAGUCCUUCAUAGAGAUCUAAAGCCAAGAAAUAUUUUCCUACAAGGACCAGACCUCCAUGUACGCAUUGGGGAUUUUGGACUUGCCUGUCGUGAUAUUCUACAGAAUUCAGACUCUUGGUUAAAGAAAGAUGGGACCAAUGAUUCAACACACACUUCCGGAGUGGGUACCUGUUUGUAUGCCGCACAAGAACAGUUACAAGGAUCACACUAUGAUUUUAAGUCUGAUAUGUACAGUGUUGGUGUAAUCUUACUGGAACUCUUUCACCCAUUCUGGACGGAGAUGGAAAGGAACGAGGUUCUAAUGUCACUAAGCAGUGGGGUUAUCCCAGAUAUCUUCCAAACUCAGUGGCCGGUGCAAAGUAAAUACAUUAAGUUACUGGUCAGUGCAGACUGUGCAAUGCGACCAUCUGCUGACCAAGUGCUGAAAAGUGAACUCUUUCAUCAAAGGGAAAAUCAGGUCAUACAGGAGCUCCAGCAAAAAGUUCUCAAUUUAGAAGAGGAAAAUGAGAGACUGAAGAAGAGUUUGCAAUUAUUACAAGGACAAAAAUCAAGCAAAGAGGGACCAGACCUUCUCUUUUAAAUGCAGCAUCAACAGAUGCCUAGAUCUCCAAUUAAAACAUUUCACAUUGUAAAAUAAAUAUUAAACUAUAUAUAACUAUA